CAUAUACAAACAAUAGCCCGAAUCUUCAGUGUCCGUGAUUCCAUGGGACGCUUCUGAUUUCACACGGCAGAAAAAUAGAAGUUGUUUAUAGAUAAUCCCAGAGGACUCCCUUAUCCUUAGGCAUUCAUUGACCUGAAUUCAUAGAGAACCCUGAAUAUUCCCCUGAUUAUGCCAUUGCCAUUGUAAAUUGCAUUCUAUUAGUCUGCUAUUAUAUAUAUAGAAGAGACCCGUGAAAGAGGAAGGCGUCGAGAUUGAUUGAUGGUAGUGGUAGGUACCUCGAUUCGUAGAGGUUUAGAAUUCGAUAAGAUGCGUCUUCUAGGUUUUCGAUGUUUUGCUGCAGUAGCUCUGCUGUUUGGUUUGUUUCUGAAUAUGCCUGUGAUGUGCAAUGGCGGCAAGACUAGCACCUUCGUCAGGAAAGCUGAGAAGACUGUUGACAUGCCGCUGGACAGCGAUGUUUUCAAAGUACCUUCAGGUUAUAAUGCUCCCCAACAGGUUCAUAUAACACAAGGUGAUCUUGUGGGAGAGGCAGUGAUUGUAUCCUGGGUGACAGAGGAUGAACCAGGGUCAAGUGUAGUGCGUUACUGGAGUGAGAAGAGCAAGGAAAAGAAGGUGGCCAAGGGCAAACAUACCACAUAUAGAUACUUCAAUUACACGUCUGGUUUUAUCCAUCACUGUACGGUUAGAGAUUUGGAGUUCAACACCAAAUAUUACUAUGAGGUUGGAAUUGGGUUCACAAAGAGGCAGUUCUGGUUUAUAACUCCUCCUGAAGUUGGCCCGGAUGUGCCAUACACAUUUGGUCUAAUAGGGGAUCUUGGUCAGAGUUUUGAUUCAAAUAAGACGCUUACGCACUAUGAAAAGAACCCUAGAAAAGGACAAACUGUGCUGUUUGUGGGAGACCUCUCUUAUGCUGAUAACUACCCAAAUCACGAUAACGUUAGGUGGGAUACAUGGGGAAGGUUCACAGAAAGAAGUACUGCUUAUCAACCUUGGAUAUGGACAGCAGGGAACCAUGAAAUUGACUUUGCUCCAGAGAUUGGAGAAAACAUACCAUUCAAGCCUUAUACCCACCGUUACCAUGUUCCUUACAGAGCAUCAAAGAGUACUAAACCCUUCUGGUAUUCUAUCAAGAGAGCUUCGGCGUAUAUCAUUGUCUUGGCCUCAUACUCAGCAUACGGAAAAUACACUCCCCAGUACCAAUGGCUUGAGGCAGAGCUACCAAAAGUUAACAGGACAGAGACUCCUUGGUUGAUUGUUCUCUUGCAUUCUCCUUGGUAUAACAGCUACAAUUAUCAUUUUAUGGAAGGGGAAAGCAUGAGAGUGAUGUAUGAGCCCUGGUUCGUGAAGUACAAGGUUGAUGUUGUGUUUGCUGGUCAUGUCCAUGCCUAUGAGAGAUCAGAACGCGUUUCGAAUGUGGCAUACAACGUUGUAAAUGGUCAGUGCACUCCUGUAAAGGAUCAGUCGGCUCCUGUGUAUAUAACCAUUGGUGAUGGAGGAAACCUUGAAGGCUUGGCAACCAACAUGACAGAACCACAACCAGAAUACUCUGCAUAUAGAGAGGCCAGUUUUGGGCACGCCAUUUUUGACAUCAAGAACCGAACUCAUGCUCACUACAGCUGGCACCGGAACCAAGAUGGGUAUUCUGUGGAGGCUGAUUCCAUGUGGUUUCUUAACAGAUUUUGGCACCCAGUUGAUGACUCCACAAGCCACCCCCCGAAUUAA